GGAAGAAAAUAGAACAGAGCUUUCUCCAUAACGGUCUUGGAUCAUAGUUUGUAGAGAGAGAGAGAGAGAGAGGGAGGGGGGGUCAUAGGUUGUAUCGACCAUCGAUGGGAAUAGGAGAGCAUAGGCCACCUGCACCAUACAAAAACUUCCCGACACCAAAAGGCCAUCUUUAGCUGCACACAGAAGCAAUCUCCAAAUCCAGAAAAAACCAACCACCACCACCCAGAGAGAGAGAGAGAGAGAAAAUCCCAUCAGCGUCUGGCGUGUGUGCAGAAGGAAAACAUGAAGAACACCUACCAAACAAAACUAGCAGUCAUCCUGAAACCCUUCCUCCUCGUCUUCCUCUCCGUCUCUUUCGUGGCCUUAUUCAUCGUCUCUUUCCAGUCACACCACCGGAAUACCACCAUCGUACCUCCGAUUAAACGACCAUCGUCAUCAUCUUCAUCAUCAUCCCGUCCUACCGGUGGGCUCCGAGUCCGGCCGGGCUUCAACUCCUACGACAUGUACAUACAACACCAGCUUGACAAAACCCUAAAUCCAAAGCUAAGGCAGGUGUGGACAACCAGAGACUGGGAGCGCAAGAUACAGGUAUUCGCUAGGUUUUUCACCGACCUGAAGCAGAAAAACCUUCUGUCCGACGAUUCCAAGGCGCUCUGUAUCGGAGCCCGAGUCGGCCAAGAGGUGGCUGCGCUGCAAAGAAUCGGUGUAUCGGACUCGAUUGGGAUGGAUCUGGUCCCGUAUCCUCCCCUAGUGGUGACUGGUGACUUCCACAACCAACCAUUUGGCAACGAAAGCUUCGAUUUCGAAUUCUCGAACGUGUUCGACCACGCAGUCUACCCGUCCAAGUUCGUUGGGGAAAUCGAGCGGACAUUGAAGCCCGGAGGUAUCUGCGUUUUGCACGUGGCUUUAUCCAGAAGGUCCGAUAAGUACUCCGCCAACGACCUCUAUAGUGUGGAGCCUUUGGUGGAGUUGUUUAAGGAGUCGGAGCUCGUUCAUGUCCGUCCCGUUGACGGAUUCGGUCUCGACACAGAAGUGGUUCUCCGCAAAAGGAAGAACACGUAAAAACGCCAUUAACAACAACGACGACGACGACGAGGACAAGAAGAGGUCCCACCAAAAUCAACUCUCCUAAUUUUGUAUUGGUUUAAUUUUCUCUCUCUACCAGACUACAGAAUCGGAAUCGCAGCUUUUUUUUCUUCUUCCACAGAAUUUGAAAAGGAAAGAAAAAGAAAAGGCCAAAAUGGUAUGUAAAUCCAAAAAGAGAAUCCGUUGAGGCAGGAGGCACGUGAUCAGCUACACAUGCAAAGGAGAUUUGAGGAGAUGAUCCAUACAAACGAUAUGAUGAUGAACUGUUUUAUUGGGUUUUUGUUCUUUUCUGUUUAAUGUUUUGUUGAGCAUUAGGGUUCAGAAGGAGAGUUGAUCAAUUCAUCAUUCAUGGCUCUGCUACCUUUUACGAAUUUUAGGGUUCUAAAUUUUUCCAUUUUUGUUGCAGUCAAGUUUUGAGGAUUGAAAAAAUUCCCCAAUAUAUUGCUUCCA